AUGACAACUCGACACCAGGCCCGCCUUCCAUGCUGCUUGGCCUUGCUAUUCGUGCCAUGGCUACUCCAGCUAGGAAGCUCUGCACAGGAGGCCUUCUUGGGUUUGAGACAGCCCACGUCGCGGCCCAAGGCCUCCUUACAUGCACUGGUAGGUGAUGAUGGCACCACCUUCGAGAGGUUUGAAAAGGAUCCGAGUGACAAGAAGGUCCGGGGCGAGAGGAAGGCAUCAGGUAGCUCUGGCAAGAAAACAGAUUUAGUUUGCACCCUGGAGCCAGUGGAUGACACCUGGUAUGAGGGCUCCAUUAAAAGCUACAGCACUCAAGACGGCUUUGGAUUCAUCCAUUGCGACGAGCUGUUCAACAAGCACCAGGCAGAUGUGUUCCUCCACAAGAGACAGGUGGAUACACACCUUGGGAGUAGGGCAACGCGCGGCGAUCAAGUGCGAUUCCUACUGGGUGUGAACCAGGCCGGCAAGCCCCAAGCACGGAAUGUGGAAAGACGCGUCGGUUCGCAUUGGGUCGACUUCAGCAAGGUGUAUGUGGGAAGUGUCAAAGACUAUCGGGAGGAGAAAGGUUUUGGUUUCAUCGUUUGCCCCGAGACUCACUACAUUUUCCAAAGCGACAUCUUCCUCCACAAGAACGAGGUAGAAAAGAAUAACCUAUCCAAAGGCAACAGGGUGACCUUCUCCAUUCAGGUGCGCAAUCUUAUGCGAGGUUUGGCCUUCAGGUUAACAAGAAUAACCGUCCUCAAGCUAGAAGUGUUGGAGACCCAGCGGGCGCUACCAUCAGAUGAGGCCCGUGGUAUGAGCUGCGUGGCUUGGGAGGAGGAUUCGGAAACCGACCAGAAAAAGCUUGAAAGAUUGAACACCUCAGGUCGAACGGCUGGUACCAACGUCCUUCUCAGGAGCCCUGGCGUGCUGGAUACGUGGACACCAAAGCCAAAGGUGAAAAUCGCCCCUGCGGUGCUGGAAGCCUUGCCCGACCCGCCAGCGGCAGCUCUUCCAGUCUCCAGUGCAUCGGCCAGACUUCGAGCAGCAUUGGAAUAUGAAGAUGCAGAGGCUGCGGAGGUGAAAAGCUUCCUGAGGGCGAAUGGUUUUCAUCAAUAUGUCGCAGCGUUCAUGGAAAACGGCUUCGACUGCAUGGAAGUGGUCGAGGAGAUGGAGGAGAGGCACAUGAAGGACCUGGGAAUGAAGCCAGGUCACAUCAUCAAGCUAAAGUUGAGGCUGGCAUCGUCUCGGGGGGAGGCUCCAAGCAGUGCUGGUACCCCGCCGCGGCAGUCUCUGAUCCCGGAGGUGGGUGCAGCUGCUUCACCGCUUGUAUUGCCAUUGCCUGCCACGAAGCCAGCUGCUGCCACCAGUGCAGCAUCUAGCCCAGGCGCCUCCUUGCUCCAUGGUCAGCUGGAUGAAGAGGCAGAAGCGAUUGCCUUCCAAGAAGCGGUCGCGGCCUGGAGAAACGCAGGCCAGCCAAAGAUGACCAGAGAUGAGCAGAUCAUGGAACAGCCUGGUAGAGCUGAGACCACCACUGUGCCUUCAGCGCCAGCUGCCGUAAAGAAGUGCUGCUAUCAAUGCUUCAGACAAUAUUUGGAGUCGCGCGAAGAUGCCCAAAGUGGUCCCAGCUUCUGCUCGGAGAAAUGUGCAGAACAACAUGCAGAUGGUCUCCGACGGAAGGAAGAAUUUAAGCAACAACAGUUAAACAAAUUUAAAACCGAUGAAUAAAA